AAUAAUAAAUUAAACUCUAAAAAACUUAGACUUUUUAAAAUUAUUAAAAAAAUCUUAUUAAUUAAUUACGAAUUAAGAUUACUAAAUACGAUACGAUAUUAUCUUAUUUUUUAUAUUUUAUUAUUCGAACUUAUAUUAAAAAGUUUAUAUAUAGAAAAUUAUAUUAUUAUUAAACUAAACUAA